UUUACGUCUGCUUUGUUGAUAUACUAAAUGCGUGUCAAGUGUAAAGAAAUAACAAUAAAAAAAUGAACUCUGUGAUAUAUAGUUAGAAACUGGAGAUAAAUUGUGACAAAUAAGAGUAAAUUCUUAGCGAUAAACACUAGUGACAUCCGUUGUGAACUGACGUGUGCGAUAAUGGCUUUUCGAGGCAACUGAAGCUGUCAAGCGUUGAAUGUUUUUUCUGAUACGCGUUUAUAACGCGGAGCGCUUUUUGAGCCUUCUGAAGUAUUUGCAACGCUUACUUGAAAUAAUAAAAUGAGGAUACGUAAAUUAACGGCACUAGUUUGUGCUGUUCUUAUCUUUGGAGGCUGCAUGCUGCUGUACCUUAUGAUGGAUGUGACUUUAUUGCCUCAUGAAUUUCAAGAGAAUAAGUGGAUAAGAAUUGGAGAUCGUUUGAAAGAGCUUGAAGAUGGUUUAAACAGGCAUCAUGAAACAGUUAGUAAGAUAAGAGAUUCAAUUAAAAAUCUAAUUCAGAGCAAUCCACAGACACCUGUAAUGUCUGAGAAUGUACAACAGUUAAUGAACAAAGAUUCAGAUUCAGGUGAUUAUUGUGCCUUCGAAAUUAAUGAAGUUCCAAACACGGAUGUUCAGCUUUUGGAUCUGUAUGAAAAACUGCCUUUCGAUAAUGUGGAUGGAGGAGCGUGGAAACAAGGUUGGAAUAUAGUGUACGAUCCAACUCAGUGGACUGAGUCAAAGAAACUGAAAGUUUUUGUCGUUCCUCACUCACACAAUGAUCCAGGAUGGAUUAAAACGUUUGAAGAUUAUUAUCAGGGACAGACUAGAAGCAUUUUAAACAACAUGGUGAAAAAACUGGGAGAAGAUAAGCGCCGUAAAUUUAUAUGGGCUGAAGUUUCAUUUUUCCAAUUGUGGUGGAAUGAAAUAACGCCUGAUAUACAAGAAGAAGUGAAAAGACUGAUUGAAAAUGGUCAACUAGAAAUUGUGACUGGUGGAUGGGUUAUGAAUGAUGAAGCCAAUACCCAUUAUUUUUCUAUGUUGGGGCAGAUGAUUGAUGGGCAUAAUUGGCUGGAAUAUAAUCUUAACAUAAAACCCAACAACAGCUGGUCCAUUGAUCCAUUUGGACACUCUCCGGUCAUGGCCUACCUCUUAAAGAAAAUGGGGUUUUCAAAUCUCCUCAUCCAGCGUGUCCAUUACUCUGUCAAGAAACAUUUAGCACGCAACAAACAAUUGGAAUUUCGCUGGAGGCAACUAUGGGAUCAUUCUGGAACAACAGAUUUGCUGACUCACAUGAUGCCAUUCUAUAGUUAUGAUGUUCCACAUACUUGUGGACCAGACCCGAAGGUCUGUUGUCAGUUUGAUUUUCGACGAUUGCCUGGGUAUGGAAUAUCUUGCCCCUGGAAGAAGCCACCACAAGCAAUCACUGAUCAGAAUGUAGCUCAGAGAGCUCAGUUGUUAUUGGACCAGUACAUGAAGAAAGCUCAACUGUUUCGAACAAAUGUUGUUAUUGCACCACUUGGUGAUGAUUUUAGAUAUGAUCAUGCUUCUGAAUGGGAUGUUCAGUUCAAUAAUUAUCAAAGACUCUUUGAUUAUAUGAACCAAAACAAACAUUAUCAUGUUCAGGCACAAUUUGGAACUCUUCAAGACUAUUUUAAUGCUGUACGUGAAGAAAGUUCCUUCCAAAACUUCCCAACUUUGUCAGGAGAUUUUUUUACAUAUGCAGACAGAGAUGAUCACUACUGGAGUGGGUACUACACAUCAAGGCCAUUUUAUAAACGAAUGGACCGUGUCCUAGUAUAUUACUUACGAGCAGCAGAAAUAAUAUUUGGACUAGCAUGGGGCAGUAAGAAAGAUUCGUCAGACUGGCCAAGUACUGCGCAUACCCAGCUAAUUACUGAUGCUCGACAUAGUUUGAGCUUGUUCCAGCAUCAUGAUGGGAUCACUGGAACUGCCAAGGACCAUGUCGUUGAAGAUUAUGCAAAGAAGAUGCAUGAUGCUAUUACUGGGCUGCAACAUGUAAUUCAACAGUCUGCACAUUAUCUUCUAUCUCCACAACAGGAGACCUAUCAGGACGAUCCACAAUUUACCUAUUUUGAUUUGGAUGAUGUUCGGAAACACCACUAUAGUCUUCCAGAGAAAACAACUCUAACAUUUGGAGAUGGUCAUGAAUACAGAAAAAUUGUUAUUUUUAAUUCUCUGACCUGGAAAAGACGUGAACUUAUUACAAUACGUGUUUCUACUCCAUAUGUUAAGGUAACUCAUAACAAUGGAUCCCAAAUAAUAUGCCAGGUUACUCCAACAUUUCUUCAGAAUGGAAAUAUGAUUGAUUCACAUUAUGAUGUUUCAUUCAUAGCAGAUGUGCCAGCCUUAUCUUUGGUUUCGUACUUCAUUAAUGUUUUACCUUCAGGCACUCAACUCCUUUCAGAUUCACUUUCCCAAAUAAAGCUUUUGAACACUCCUAAUAACUUCCUGAAAGUUGAUGGCUUUGAGAAUGUUCAGGUUUUUAAUGAUGCACACGAAUUUUCAAUAAAAAAUAAGUUCUUAUCUGCUGCUUUUGGUGUAGAUGGACUCCUUAAAGCUAUAACAAUCAGAAGUUCUGGCAUCACUGUUCCUGUCAGUCUAGAUUUUGCCAGGUACCUUGCCAGAGAAGGAAAAGAAAGGAGUGGUGCUUAUCUAUUUUUACCAGAUGGUGCUGCUGAAACUGUGAGAAUUGUAUCUCCCAUGAUAAGGAUUAUAGAAGGACCGCUUUUCUCACAAGUUGAUGUUGUUGUGCCAUUUGUCCAGCACACUGUUAAAGUGUAUAAUACACCAGGAGCUGAUUCAUUUGGAAUUGAAAUCCACAACUUGGUUGAUAUUACAGACCAAGCUAAUUAUGAACUAGUUAUGCGGUUCUCAAGUGGUAUACAAAAUGGUGAUGAAUUCUUCACUGAUCUAAAUGGUUUACAGGUUAUACGUAGAAAGCGACUUCCAAGAUUGCCACUUCAAGGAAAUUACUAUCCAAUGCCAAGCUUGGCAUAUAUUCAAGAUAAGAAAGUUCGCCUUACAUUAUUAUCUUCUCAGCCAGCCGGAUUUGCAUCCCUUAAAGAAGGUCAGAUUGAGGUUAUGCAAGAUCGGCGACUUAAUCAGGAUGACAAUAGAGGUCUAGGACAGGGGGUACUGGACAAUAAGCCUACACCUUCGACAUACAGGAUAAUACUCGAGGAAAGACAGAUACCAUGCCAGCAAUCCUUUGAUAGUUACACUGGAGGAUUUGUCUCAGCCGCUGCUCAUAUUGCAUUGCACACUAUGGCAAAUCCUUUGAUGAGGUUACUGUUAGUCGACAGUCGCCCAGAUAACUUGGAGAGCAAUUUCGGCCUUGCUCAGGAUACUGGUUAUGACAUUCACUUAGUUAAGCUUCAUUCUUUCUUCCCACCAUCAGCAGCCAAAGUUGGUGUUAUAUUUUUCAGACAGCAUAUUGAUACUUGCUUUAAUAGUCCACAGCUACAGGUGAUGCAGCCAAGUAAAGGGGUGGUGAAACUCAGCAGCAUUUUUCCAUCUCAGUUUGGGGAUGUGAUGACAGAGUCGUCAUUAUCAUUCCUACAUUUACGGAAGACUAUGCCAAAGCAAACACCUCGUCCAAUUUGUCCAAUGGAGUUAGCGGCAUACGUGUUGCCACGGUAGCCGUAUUGUGUGUUAUUGAAGUAAAAUGGUGUGACAGAAAUGCUCAAUAAACAUUGACUGCAGAGUAUGCGUGUUUUGCCUGGCAGUGAAAUGUGCAAGGACUUUGGUGUUAAGCCUGCAUCAGCUGUCAGAAAACCUCUUUUAUGGUUUUCUUUUUCCUACAAGAUGAACAAAUUUUAUAUUUAAUGGGCAUAUUGCUACCUUUUAGUUUUUUAUGUGUGUUUUUGUUAUUGGAACUGGUGCGUUAUACUUACUAUUUUAAGUUACUACUUCCAAAGAGAACCAUUGCACUUAAUUUGGUUUGCUGAAAAACUGAAUUGUGUUUAGGAGGGCAGAAUAAUUUAUUUCAGUAGUACCUGUGUUUAAAUGACUCUAGUCUCAUUAUUUCAUUACCUAAAUGACUGGAUAUAUUAUAUUGUAUUUAGUGUUGAAAAUUGUGAUGCAUAUUUCACCAAGAGGGACCAUUUCAUUUUAUUGUCACAGAUUUUCACACUUUUAUGAAUAAGGUUUUGUAGACCUUUGUGUCUCAAGUGGACUGACUGCCUUUUGCUAUUAAUGAUCCCAUUGGGCUUCAGCUCAUAAAGGUGCCCUUAAUGGAUGAAAAGAUUUUAUUUCCCCUUUGGUUCAAAUAUUUGUCCUUUUUGGGUGGUUUUAAAUUUCACAUAUUUUACGAGGGCAGUUCAAUAAGUAAUGCAACAAAUUUUUUUUCUGAAACAGGGGUUGUUUUAUUCAGCAUUGAAAUACACCAGGUUAUUCCCCAAUCUUUUAGCUACACAACACUAUUUUUCAACGUAAUCUCCAUUCAAUGCUACGGCCUUACGCCACCUUGAAAUGAGGGCCUGUAUGCCUGCACGGUACCAUUCCACUGGUCGAUGUCGGAGCCAACGUCGUACUGCAUCGAUAACGUCUUCAUCAUCCGCGUAGUGCCUCCCACGGAUUGCGUCCUUCAUUGGGCCAAACAUAUGGAAAUCCGACGGUGCGAGAUCGGGGCUGUAGGGUGCAUGGGCAAGAACAGUCCACCGAAGUUUUGUGAGCUCCUCUCGGGUGCGAAGACUUGUGUGAGGUCUUGCGUUGUCAUGAAGAAGGAGAACUUCGUUCAGAUUUUUGUGCCUACGAACACGCUGAAGUCGUUUCUUCAAUUUCUGAAGAGUAACACAAUACACUUCAGAGUUGAUCGUUUGACCAUGGGGAAGGACAUCGAACAGAAUAACCCCUUCAGCGUCCCAGAAGACUGUAACCAUGACUUUACCGGCUGAGGGUAUGGCUUUAAACUUUUUCUUGGUAGGGGAGUGGGUGUGGCGCCACUCCAUUGAUUGCCGUUUUGUUUCAGGUUCGAAGUGAUGAACCCAUGUUUCAUCGCCUGUAACAAUCUUUGGCAAGAAAUUGUCACCCUCAGCCACAUGACGAGCAAGCAAUUCCGCACAGAUGGUUCUCCUUUGCUCUUUAUGGUGUUCGGUUGGACAACGAGGGACCCAGUGGGAACAAACCUUUGAAUAUCCCAACUGGUGAACAAUUGUGACAGCACUACCAACAGAGAUGUCAAGUUGAGCACUGAGUUGUUUGAUGGUGAUCCGUCGAUCAUCUCGAACGAGUGUGUUCGCACGCUCCGCCAUUGCAGGAGUCACAGCUGUGCACGGCCGGCCCGCACGCGGGAGAUCAGACAGUCUUGCUUGACCUUGCGGCGAUGAUGACACACGCUUUGCCCAACGACUCACCGUGCUUUUGUCCACUGCCAGAUCACCAUAGACAUUCUGCAAGCGCCUAUGAAUGUCUGAGAUGCCCUGGUUUUCCGCCAAAAGAAACUCGAUCACUGCCCGUUGUUUGCAACGCACAUCCGUUACAGACGCCAUUUUAACAGCUCCGUACAGCGCUGCCACCUGUCGGAAGUCAAUGAAACUAUACGAGACGAAGCAGGAAUGUUUGAAAAUAUUUCACAAGAAAUUUCCGGUUUUUUCAACCAAAACUGGCCGAGAAAAAAAAUGUGUUGCAUUACUUAUUGAACUGCCCUCGUAUUAUGUGUAACUUUUUUUUGAAUGCAUUGUGAUUUAUAAAUAUUUGUAUAUAUAUUAUUGGUUGUGAUGUCAAAAGCAGUGUCAAAAUAAAUAAUGCUAGCUGCAGUGUCAUUGUAUCAUUAAAUGUUAUAGGUGAAUAAAAAUAAGUUUCAUUUUA